AUGGCGGAAUCUGUCGAUAAAGAUGCUCUGAAGCAAUUCGGUGAAGAAAUUUUGGGUAAGAUGGCAGAGAUGGUGAAGGAAAUCGGAACUGACAAGAAGAAGAAGGUGAGAGAGGUAGAGGAUGAGAAGCCACCGAAAGUUUCGUCGAAAGGCAUUCAGAAGAACUUGGAUUUCAACUUCAAAAUCCGAAAUAUUUAA